GGACGGCCCAAUUAUGGCGGCGCUGCGGCUCCUCUCAUGCCUGGCCAGGCCGCCUGGCCUCAGGUGCUCCCUCCUCUGCCAAGCGAGGGCGGCGCGUGUCCCCGAGGCCGCGCUCUGCGCCUCGCCCCAGCACCGCGAGCGCCCCUGCCCGUGGCUCCCAAGGGCGCGGCGGCCCCUCAGCACUCUCUCGGCGGAGGGCUUGGUGCGAGCGGCUCCCGCCUCUCUUCAGCCCUACCUGCGCCUCAUGAGGCUGGACAAGCCUAUUGGGACAUGGCUGCUGUAUCUUCCUUGCACUUGGAGUAUAGGCCUUGCAGCGGAACCAGGCUGUUUGCCUUCCUGGUACACGCUGUUACUGUUUGGUACUGGAGCAAUCCUGAUGCGGGGCGCAGGCUGUACAAUUAAUGACAUGUGGGACCAGGACUACGACAAAAAGGUUACAAGAACAGCAUGUCGGCCGCUGGCUGCUGGAAAGAUUUCAACUUUUCAGUCUCUUGUUUUUCUUGGAGGACAGCUUAGCUUGGCUUUAUGCAUCCUUUUGUGUUUGAACUAUUAUAGUAUUGUGUUAGGAGCAGCCUCUCUCUCUCUUGUGGUGACCUAUCCCCUUAUGAAGAGAAUAACAUAUUGGCCACAGCUGGUCUUGGGUCUUACCUUUAACUGGGGUGCAUUACUUGGGUGGUCUGCCAUCAAAGGCUCUUGCGACUGGUCUGUUUGCUUGCCCCUGUAUUUCUCAGGAGUUCUGUGGACACUGAUAUACGACACCAUUUACGCUCAUCAGGAUAAAAAAGACGAUGUUGCCAUCGGUGUGAAAUCUACAGCGCUCCGAUUCAAUGAAAACACAAAACUGUGGCUUGGUGGCUUCAGCGCCCUGAUGCUUUCAGGGCUGGCUGUGACAGGAAUGAAUUGUGAUCAGACUUUACCAUACUAUGCAGCUGUGGUAGCCGUAGGCACCCACCUGGCACAACAGAUAUACACUUUGGACAUACACAACCCUGAGGAUUGCUGGAAAAAGUUUUCUUCUAACCGCACAGUUGGACUCUUGCUUUUCGUAGGGAUUGUUCUUGGAAGUUUACAGAAAAAGAAAAAUCCAGAAGAAACAAGGAAACCUCCAGACAGUAGUUAAUGCAAACGAAAUGAACAUUAUGGCCAAGAAAAGGAGUACAAGGAGUUUUAAAAAAGUUCUACACACUUUUAGCGAGUUCUUUUUUUGUACUUGAAAUGCUUUGUGAAAGUAGUCUUUUGUAGGAACACUAUAUCUCUUGAUGUCUAAACUCUGCCAGUAUGUGGUCUGGUUAAUAAAAAAUGUUUGAGAUCUUCCUACUGAAGCAUCGAGGAAAACGCCUGAAGUUCUACACCUGAAUUUGAAUACUGUAAAAUUGCAGUAGGUGUUACAGCAUUGUUCUCCAAACGCAACCAUUAUUUUGCAAUUGUACACUAUUGUAAGUAGUUAACUUAUU